GGUCACGUGACUAACCUCCAGUGUCUCACUUUUCCAUCUUUGAAAUUAGCUGAGAAACUUGGGGGAAAAGCUGUACCGGCUCCUAGGCUGGUAUUAAUAAUAUCAGUCUGUCGCCACGCCAGCGAGACGACAUUAAAUAUGAGGCUGUUCAGGGAGACGCUUAGUUUCGCUUUUCUGUGGGCUUGCCUGGGUUCUGCACAGUCAAGGGGCUGCUCGAGUUUUUUCUGCCGAAAGCCCCAUCGUGUCAGCGGGCCAAGCGGAGUGGACCCCGGCUCCCCCCUCUUCCUCACUCCCUACCUGGAGAAGGGUGCCAUAGAUGAAGCCAGAAGACUGAGCCUGGUAGGACCUCUGCCAGGGGCCAACGUGAAGAGCUACGCCGGGUACCUCACUGUCAACAAGAAAUACAACAGCAACCUCUACUUUUGGUUCUUCCCUGCACAGGAGAGACCUGAGACUGCCCCUGUCCUGCUGUGGCUGCAAGGUGGACCGGGUGGCACCUCCAUGUUUGGUCUUUUUGUGGAACAUGGGCCCUAUGUGGUGCACAAGAACCUGACUGUCAGUUUCAGGGAUUACCCUUGGACAUCCAGAUACUCUGUUGUGUACAUUGACAAUCCAGUUGGAACAGGUUUCAGUUUCACGGAAGACGACAGAGGCUUUGCACAGAACCAGGAUGAUGUUGGCAGAGACCUUUAUAGUGCGUUAACACAGUUCUUCCAGAUCUUUCCUGAGUUUCAGUCGAACGACUUCUAUGCAACUGGAGAGUCUUAUGCAGGGAAGUAUGUUCCUGCCAUUACCUACUACAUUCAUAAAAACAACCCCACUGCCAAGGUGAAGAUCAACCUAAAGGGGAUGGCCAUCGGGGACGGGCUCUGUGACCCAGAAGUGAUGCUGGGUGGUUAUGCUGAGUUCCUGUACCAAACAGGGAUGAUAGACGAACUCCAACGGCAGUAUGUUGUCCAGCAGACAGACAAGGGGGUACAGCUCAUAAAACAGCAGAAAUGGGUGGAGGCUUUUGAGGUUUUCGACAGCUUGCUGAACGGUGAUGUGGAGCCAUACCCCUCCUUCUUCCAAAAUGCUACAGGCUGCUCCAACUAUUUCAACUACAUGUCAUGUCAGGAGCCUGAGGACCAGGAGUACUUCUCCCAGUUUGUGACUCUGGCAGAGGUGCGGCGGGCCAUCCACGUGGGGAACCUGACCUUCCAUAAUGGCGCCGAGGUGGAGAAGCACCUGCUGCAAGACGUCAUGAAGAGCAUCAAGCCCUGGCUGGGGGUGCUGAUGGACCACUACAGGGUUUUAAUCUAUAGUGGUCAGCUGGAUGUGAUUGUAGCUGCUCCCCUGACUGAGAGGUUCCUGCCAACUGUCAAUUGGACCAGAGCUGAUGAUUACAAAACUGCCCCUCGAUUCCACUGGAAGAUCCAGCCCACUGACACAGAGGUGGCGGGUUAUGUGAGACAAGUGGGAGAGUUCUACCAGGUGAUCAUUCGGGGUGGAGGACACAUUCUGCCUUACGACCAGCCAGAGAGGUCCUUUGAUAUGAUGGACAGGUUCCUUUCGACGCAAGGCUGGAACUGAAACAUGUUUACACUGAAACACAACUGAUCAGAGCAGCUCCCGCCAUCAGAGCAGAUUCUCUCGAUCAGUGACUGUCUAGCUCAAAGACUGGUGGUUGUCAUGACCCAUCUAAAUCAGCCUGUGCUUGAAUUCAGUACAUUGCUUAACAAUAUCACUGGUUUCCAAUAAGACUGGUAACCAGUCUUGCAGAAUGUAGCUGCUGUUUGGUGCACUGCAGAUGAAAUGAUCCGUUCUUUGCAAAUUGUCAGAAUCAAUACAUUUCAUGUUUGGCAGGAUCAUCGUGUGGGGAAAUUGUUUUAUGUUGCACACAAUCAGUAUCUUUUUGAAGAUUACAUGCAAAACCAAUAAAGAUGUUGAGUCCUAA